AUAUAUAACAAAUUUCAGUCUUGUUCUAAACGAGGAAGGAAACGCAGCUUAGAUUUCUCAUUUUCAUGAUGAACCCUAAUAGCUAUCAAAAAGUUUCAGAAAAACCUGAUAACGAUUCAGGAUCUACGGAUUCUGACAUAUCUUUAGAAGAUAUGUACUCGUUAACAGAUAAUGGAAACGUCAACAAUUCUUCUAAAGGACAAGGCAAGAAAAAUAGAGCUUCGCCUUUUCCAACAUUAUCGGGUGGACCAUCGUAUCAAGACAUUUUCAACAUAGAUAUUCUACAAAGCCAAAUAGAACAUUUACGUCUGAAAUUUAUAUUAACUAGAAACAAACUAAGGGCUGAGGUUAAGUUCCUAAGUAAUCUAGAAGAACAUAUAGAUUCAUUACAGAAAGAGAUGGGCAAAAAAUAAUCGUCAGAAUAUUUCUAUUCUUCGAAAAUGCUAUUGUAAUUUUAUUUUUUUCGCAUUCUGAGAAUU